AGCAAAUGAAGAAAAUUAAGCAGACGGAGGAAGAUCUGCUGUACGGCACCAUCAUCAGAACCCCAACCAAGAGAAGACUCGCUGGAACCCCGACACCUGGAAAAGCACGCAAGCUGACAUCACGCAUGUGUAGCUCCACCCCAAACACGACUCUCCGUUCCAUAUGCUCCUCCCCUUCUUUGAGACCGCCCCUUUCCUCCAGCAAGUUGUGUGCACGGACACCUGCCCGUGGCCGAACCCCUCGUGGUCUGGAGAGGAACAAGGAGAAUAUCUCCCAUCUGAGCGGAGCUUUGCACACGAUGGCCGCCAGCCCUCAAAUAAAUUACUCCAUUACAUCCGUGGCCUCCUCCUACUCCGAGUUUGCGAAGGACUCUGAAUCCACUGCAGCGUCCAGGUCUGUAUAUCUAAAAAUGUUCACUGUCCAUCACACUAACACACACUCUUCUCGUCUAACCCGACUAACGGAGGAGGGUCUGUGUUUGUGUGUGCGUGCGCUUUCAGCUUCUAACAGUGAAAUGAGCACUUGGAGACAGAAACACAACAACUAAAAUACAAUCUGCUGU